GGGCGGCGGCGGCGGCGGCGGCGGCGGCGCCGCCCCUGAUGCUGCGACGCCCGCUGGCCGGGCUGGCGGCGGCCGCCUUGGGCCGGGUCCCCUCGGACGGGAUGUCAGGACCAAGGCCGGUCGUCCUGAGUGGACCGUCAGGGGCCGGGAAGAGCACCCUGCUGAAGAGACUCUUGCAGGAGCAUGGCAGCGUCUUCGGCUUCAGCGUGUCCCACACCACAAGGGACCCGCGGCCUGGGGAAGAGAAUGGCAAAGAUUACUACUUUGUGACGAGGGAGGUGAUGCAGCGGGACAUCGCCGCGGGCGACUUCAUCGAGCACGCCGAGUUCUCAGGGAACCUGUAUGGGACUAGCAAAGCUGCUGUGCGGGCAGUGCAGGCCAUGAACCGCAUCUGCGUGCUGGACGUGGACCUGCAGGGUGUGCGGAACAUCAAGAAGACGGACCUGCGGCCCAUCUACAUCUUCGUGCAGCCACCCUCGCUGGACGUGCUGGAGGAGCGGUUGCGGCAGCGGAACACGGAGACAGAGGAGAGCCUGGCCAAGCGGCUGGCGGCCGCUCGGGUUGACCUGGAGAGCAGCAAGGAGCAGGGCCUGUUUGACCUGGUCAUUGUCAACGACAACCUGGACGUGGCCUAUCGGGCCCUGGAGGAGGCUCUGGCCGAGGAAAUCAAGAAGGCUCAGAGGACCAGCCGCUCCUGA